CGAUGAUGUGCAUAUCCUGCGACUGGUCCUGGCGUGUGCCUUGACGGCAGAGGCAGGGGGCAGUAGUGAGUUGGCGAUGGGGCUGUUCGAGAGCGUGCGCGAGGUGGCGGAUAAUUGUGUCUGGGGGACGGCGGAGAUCAAGAGUAUUAUCUUUCUGACCUUGGUGGCGAUAUUCUACUUCCAGAUCGACGAGGAGACGCUGGCGUGGCGGACGAUCGGCAUCGUGGAGCGGAUGUGUCUCGAACGAGGGCUGCACCGACGGGAAACCCUCACGCAGCCGGGCAUCGUGGCAGCAGGGAGAGACCGCGUGCUGCGGCUGUUCUGGUCGAUCUACAUCCUCGACAUCCGAUGGAGCUUCGGCACAGGGAUGCCCUUCUCGCUCGAAGACACCGACAUCGACCCGUGGCUGCCCGAGCCGGAGGAGAAAACGCCCUACCUGCGCGUGAUGAUCCGGUACAGUCGCAUCGCCGCCAAGGUGUGGAAGUUCAUCACGGCCUUCAACAACACCAACGAGAUCAAGAAGGACGAGAUGAACUACCUCGACUGGCAAGUGCAGCGCUGGACCAGCGACAUCCCCGACGUGCUGCGCCUGGAAUCGCGCUCCGUCGAACCCGCCCCGCGCAGUCUUCGUCGCCUCCGCGCCCUCCUAUACCUCCGCGCCAUCCAACUGCGCAUGCUCAUCCAUCGCCCCGUCCUCCACUCGGCCGGACACAUCGCGCGCUACCCGUCCGACUCCCAGACCGUCGUCGACCUCGCCAAGGAAGCCAUCCGCUUCAUCACCCGCCUCAACGAAACAACAGACAUCUACCGCCUCCAGCAGAUCACCUUCAACUGGUUCCUCGUGUCCGCCGUCGCCGUCGUCUUCCUGGCUGUCACCCAGGCCCCGGGCCCCUUCAGCACCCAGUGCAAGGAGGAGUUCUACAUGGCCUUGGAGCUGAUCAAGGGCUUUUCGACCAGGUCGUAUAUUUCGCUCCGCCUGUGGAAGUCGAUUCGCAGUCUACGCCAGCUCGGUCCGCAGCUCAUGCAUCGUCAGCCCGAGCCGGAACACGUCUCGGUCCCGACGGAGAGCGAUACCGUCACGGGCAUUGUGGAUCCCGCGCAGUCGUUGGGCCAGGAACAGUCGCCGCUGGAUGGCGCCCAGAUGACCCGCGAGUUGAUGGAGUGGUUCGAGGCCGUCGGGAAUCUGGAGACUCAGAUCAUGGGUAUGGCGCCGCAGGGGUUUGAUCCUGCUUGGACGGGACGACCGGGGCAGGUGGAUUAUGGGGAGGAGUUGUCGAGUGUCAUGAAGGAUUGUUUUUGAGUGUAGACACAGACUCACUUACUCUCUCACUCACUCACUUAGACAGAGAGAGAGACAGAGAGAAAGACAGGAGCAGAGACAGACCGGGGCACAGAGAGACACAGGCUGAGAGAUAUCCAGAGAUAGACAAAAACGCCGUUUAUUCCCGUCAGUUCUCAAAAACGCCCAAUCCCCUCUUCAACCUCUCCAAACCCUCCACCCUCCAAUCCGUCACCAACAUAUGGCCCGGCUCAUGCGCAAACACCAACCCCUGGAUCUUCUCCCCCCGCCGCCUCGACCGCCAUCUGCGGCGUCACCCCACACGCCUUCAAUUCAUUAGCCGUCAUUCACACUUCCAACCCCAACCCUCCCAUCUACA